AUGGCGGGGCGGGUCCCGCGGUGCAUCGCCGCGCUGCUGCUGCUGCUGUUCACCGCGGUGGAGGGCGCGUGCCCGGGCGCGGACGCCGCCUGCGCUGGGGGUGAGGAGGAGGAGGCGGCGUUGCUCCAGCAGUCUUCGCGGCAGGCGAUUGCGCAGUCGAGUUCCUGCGACAUGUCUGGAUGCCAGGGCUGCAGCGGCGAGCAGUGCCAGCUCUGCCGUGACGACAAGGCGAAGGAAUGCUGCCUGGACCAGUUCUGCAGGGGCUGUUCUGGAGAGCAGUGCACCUACUGCCGCGAAGACCACAUGGCAGGGUGUUGCGCUGGCAAGCAUCCAGGCACCCCUGGUUGCAGUGGGCCCAGUCCGACACCAUCGCCACCAGCUUGCGACACGUCUGGAUGCCAGGGCUGCAGUGGCGAGCAGUGUCAGCUCUGCGUGGACGAGAAGCAAAAGGAUUGCUGCCUCGACCAGGCCUGCAGGGGCUGCUCUGGAGAGCAGUGCACCUACUGCCGCGAAGACCACAUGGCAGGGUGCUGCGCUGGCAAGCACCCGGGCACCCCUGGUUGCAGUGGGCCCAGUCCGACACCAUCGCCACCAGCUUGCGACACGUCUGGAUGCCAGGGCUGCAGCGGCGAGCAGUGUCAGCUCUGCAUGGACGAGAAGCAGAAGGAUUGCUGCCUCGACCAGGCCUGCAGGGGCUGCUCUGGAGAGCAGUGCACCUACUGCCGCGAAGACCACAUGGCAGGGGACCCCUGGUUGCAGUGGGCCCAGUCCGACACCAUCGCCACCAACGCCAUCGCCACCAUCGCCAACGCCAUCGCCAACACCACGGGCACCUGCGGGAACCCAGACAUUUUGUGCUACUGGGAGCCGGACUGUGUGAACGGGGGGCUCUGCUGCAAGGCGGACGGCAAGACAAACGAGUGCAAGUUCUGCGGUGUCGGCUCGUGCGGGGUGCGCGUAGUCCUUGUCGGCAGCGUAUGCCUGGCUGUCGACGUGGUGCUCGGCGCAGCUGUUGUGGACUUGCUGGUUUUGUUCGAGUGCGGAGGCCAGGAUACCGCCGUGGUGCCCGAUUCUGUCGUGGUUGACGCCGUGGCUCUGCAAGGUCUGGCCGGCGGCUUCGGGAGCGACCCAGGCGGGCCGCCCGGCGGCUGGCCCAGGCCCGCGCGAGGCGGAUGUGUCGCGUUGGCUCGCCGGCUGGCGGGCCGCAGAGGCUGGGCCGGCGGGUGCGCAGCGCUGGUGAACGCAAGCGUGCUGCUCGACAUGGUAGGCCUCCCGGCGGCCGCACCAGGCGGCUCCGUCGCCGCCCUCAACGGCAGGAAGGAGGAGCUCGCCACGGGCUCGGAGCUGCUCGGCAGCGUGGAGUGCGUCGUCCUGGAGCCCAUCGGCAAGAAGCUGGCGCCUCGCGACUUCGUCACCACCGGAGUCGUGAUCUGCCUGCAGGGCAUGCUGUCGUCGCCGGAGAGCCUGGACGAGUGGGCCGAUGUUGCCAAGAGCGCAGGCUGGCCGGGGUGGUAA